AUGAGUGCUACUUCCGUUCGUCGAAAGAGCUCGUUGGCUGCUGAAAAGAGGAUGAGAUCACAGAUGGAGAAUGUCGAGGAGCUGAAUGGAAAAGUGCAAAAAUCAAAUGGCAAAGCAAAAAAGCACAAAUCAGGCGAGGAAUCGGAUUUUGAAGAUAAAGGAUCAUCUGAUCGCGACGAAGAACCAGAUGCAGAAAUGAUACUAUCACCAGACUCAAAGAGAACGAAGAAGCGAAAAAAUACCAGCCGGAAAGCUGAAACAACUAGCGAGCCUCCGUUUCGGCAGCAUCGAACUUUCUAUCACCGACCUCUAUUGCUGGAUGACCGCCAAUACCGCUCUGAUCUGCUAACGUGGUUCGAUUCAGUGAGUACGGCACGUUCGAUGCCAUGGCGUAAAGCAUGGAUAGAUCCAAAGACAUUCAAGAAUUCCGAUCAUUCUGAUUUACGUUCCGCUUUAGAACGUCGUUCAUACGAAGUUUGGAUAAGUGAAAUUAUGUUACAACAAACCAGGGUAGCGGUAGUGAUUGAUUAUUGGAACAAAUGGAUGGAUCGUUGGCCAACGAUACAAGAUCUCGCAAAUGCUUCGGCUGAUGAUGUGCUGAGUGCUUGGCGUGGAUUGGGUUAUUAUAGUCGUGCAACGAGGAUUCAUGAAGCUGCUAAGAAAGUUGUCAAUGAUUCACAAAUGCUAGGUCUACUGCCAAACACCGCAGAAGAAUUGCAAGCAAAAGUUCCGGGUGUGGGAAGGUAUACGGGAGGUGCAAUCAGUGCAAUCGUAUUUGGACAUGCUGAACCAAUGGUAGACGGAAAUGUACUCCGUGUAUUGGCAAGACAGACGGGUUUGUUCACAAAUGUGAAAACAAACAAAACCGCAAUCGAUGCACUAUGGGCAGCAGCAGAUGCACUGGUGAAAGCAGUUGCGAAAGAUCAUUCAAUUAAAAGUGAAUCGAGCGAUUCUUCUACGGAAGGUCUAGCUGUAAGCGAUGGUCCGGGUCGUUGGGGACAAGCUCUGAUGGAACUGGGAAGCACGGUCUGCACGCCGAAACCGGAUUGUGCCAAUUGUCCAAUCACAACAACUUGUCGUGCAUAUGCUGAAGGAGUUUCACUAGCAAAGAAAGCAAAGCUGAUGUCUAUAUCAUCACAGUCUGACCAGCCUGUAGGAGAUAUAGAAGAUCUGUGUUCCGUUUGUGAACCGUAUGAAGAAGUUACAAGCGUAAUCGAUGGGGAAUCUGAAGCGAAAGAAGAAGGACCGUCAGCUUCUGCCCCUCCGACCAAACCCAAAGCACGACAAGCAUCACUAGCAGCUUUUGCAUUCACAUCAAAGCCAAGAAAUGCAUCUAAGGCUCAGACGAAUCAACAGCCCGCAGGAGAAACAACAAAGCCCAGUGCGAAAGCGAUGGAAAUGAUUGUAGACCAUUGCAAAAAGUUCCCUGUAAAAGUGAUCAAGAAAGCCGUUCGAGAAGAAGAAACGAUCGUUUGUGCGAUUCGUAAUAAAGAUGGUAACUAUUUGAUCAACAAAAGACCCGAAAAAGGUUUAUUGGCAGGCAUGUGGGAAUUCCCUAGCAAUACACUACCGGACACGAACGAUAGUACUUCAAAAGACAGAAAGAAGCGAGCGGUAGACUUUCUUAAAACGAUUCUCAGCGAGGGAAACCUCUCAGAGAAACCUGUCGCAAAUGGGGAAUUGGGUAGCGUUCCUUGGCUGUUCUCGCAUUUAAAGCUUACGAUGCAUGUCUAUCUUUUUGAGAUAGACGAAUCCACCUCAGCCCUAAACGGAGCUCGGAACGCACGUUGGGCAUCUCAUGAUGAAGUUGAAGCUGAAUCAAUGGGAACUGGUAUGCGUAAAUGCUGGUCUCUAGUAAAAGAGAGACUGUAA